UCACUAUAAAGACAAGUGAUCCGCUUCCAAUAUUUGUGUCACAGACUGGGUUGUGUGAAACAUGGACUCCUACUCCUUCAGACUUACUGCAGCGCUUUUGCUGACAGCAACCGGUUUGCUCCUCACAGCAGUUGCUGAUUAUGUGGACCGAGUGACCACCUGUGAUAAUAAUGUGUGGCAAGUCCACCGCUUAUUCUGCGAUCGUGGCGUAAUCAAUGUGACUGAAUCUUUGUAUGGUCGCUCAAACUCUCUGGUCUGCGCUGAGGGCAAAUCUAAUAAACGGCUGGCCAACACAACGUGCAGUCAGCAAGGCACCGUGGACAAAGUCAAGACAAGUUGCAAUGGCAAGAAAUCAUGUGAAUUGGGCCUGAGUGGUUUCCGCACUCCUGAUCCCUGUGUUGGCACCUUCAAAUAUUUGCAGACCAACUUUACCUGCCUGGAAGCAAUUACUGUGGUGACUUGUGAGGGGUCCGUGGCAUACCUGUAUUGUGGUAUGGGAAGCGUUAUUACCAUCUAUGGUGCAGACUACGGACGCCGCGACCAGACCACAUGCUCAUACAGAAGGGCCCCUCGUGAGCUAAAAAAUGUCACAUGCCUGCAGCCAACUCCCCUUGUUGCCCAAAUGUGCAACGGGAAAUUCAGCUGUUCAGUCACAGCCAGCAAUGCAGUGUUCACAGACCCAUGUAAAGGCAUCUACAAGUACUUGGAGAUUUCCUACGCCUGUAAACAUCCUGAGGCUAGUCACCAGGAAGUCCUCUGAACGGUACUGCCAUUUGGUGUGGAUUCCAUUCGAGUUUGUUGUUGCAAUGUGCUGCACGUUGAACUCUUUGUACUUGUAUUCAAGUGAAAAUAAAAUUGUUUCAAAAUGA